CUUACGUCUCAUUAAAUGCUUUUAAAAUUCCAUUCAAGCGAAAUUAUUAUUGUUUAAUUAAUAAGUAAUUGAAAUUUCGAUUAAUUAAAAAUGCGUCACGUAACUUUUGUAGACUUUGUUGAGCUGGAGUUCGAGGGCAACGUCAUGAGCAAGGCCCUCGUCAUGGGGGACGUCGACAACGAUGGGAGGAAUGAGAUAGCCCUGGGCACAACCAAUGGCGACCUAUACCUAUACAAAGGCAUUCAGAAUACUAAACCAUGGGCCAAGUCUUCUAAUCUUGGAAUGAUUGCUUGCUUAGAAGUAGGAGACUUGUGCAACACAGGCAUUAAUUGUUUAGUGUCACUUGGCACGGAGGGUUGGUGCCAUAUAUUCUGCCUGAACAACAACAACUUGCUUCAAACACACAAACAGCUGAGUGACAUUGGACAGGAGGUCAGAGUGUUGAGCUCAGACAUCAGCAACACAUCUUCAAAUGAACAACAACAACCUCGUCAACACCAUCAUCAGCCUCUGCAACAUUCUGCAAGUUUCCCACUUAAUUCCUCAACACAGCAGCAGCAGCAACAACAGCAGCCACAACAGCAGCAGCAGAUGCAUAUUUUGAAGCCAGCUUAUACCCAGAGAUUGAGUUCGAACUGCAAGGCGUGUGUCAUUGCUGAUAUAGAUGGCGAUGGGAAGAACGAGCUGAUCGUCGCAUUCACCGAUCGCGUCGUUCGAUGCUUCAAGUGGCUUCCUGAGGUACCUGCGGCCGGCGCCAGUAACACGCACAGCACCGCCAGUCUCGGAAGUGUGGUCGUCGGUAGUAGCACGGUGAUGCCGUCUGCCACCACUUCGUCUGGCAGUUUGCCGCAGUCCAGCAGUGGCGCUGGUCUGCAAGGGAUGAAUUAUGCCUUUGGCGCACUGGUGUUAGUCGAGAAGUGGAAGUUAGCUGGACAGGUGGGUUCGAUGACGACAAAUAGGAAGACGAACGGACGCACUGAGGUCCUCGUGUCUCAACCUGGCGGCUCCUACGUCGUCCUCGUCUGCUCUGCGGAUGAUAACGAUACCGGAAACAAUAACAAUAAUAAUAAUGACGAUGGUGCGGAUGCUAGUAGCAAUAAGACCUCCUCCGGCACCUCCCUCUGCUACCACCCCCUGGGGUCCGCCAGGGCUCGCAACCCCAACGUCACCACGGAAAUAAUUAGUAAUCUGAGAAGGAAUAUCAGGAAUCAGGGAUGUGCUGGUUCCGGCGACGGCGGUGCUAGUAAUGAUACUGGAGGAUACUCUGCUAUAUGUACACUGGAUGGAACUCUGACGUUGAUUGUUGACGACACGAUAGCCUGGUCACUCUACGUUGACCACCAGCUCUUCUCCCUCACCAAGAUGGACAUAACGGGUGACGGAACGGAAGAGGUGGUGGCCUGUUCGUGGGAUGGCCACACCUACAUUGUCAACCUUUCGAAGGAGGUCGUCAGGUUCCACUUCAAGGACAACGUGGCCGCAUUCACUUCCGGCACCUACCACGACAGCAACGGUCGUACCACCACCACCCUCUGCUACGCCACCUUCCUCAACAAGCUCGUCCUCUAUUACAACAUCUACCUAAGCAAUAUCGGCAUGUGUGACCUGAUCAGCAAGGUCCGCAGUGAUGGAGAGGUCGUGGAAGCACUGAAGAGGAGGAAUGUCGAUGUAACAGACAAAUCCGCGUUAAAAGCCUACCUCAGCCAACUUCUCUACAAUCCAACUACUACUUCCACUACUGCUACUACUACUGCUACUACUACUACUGCUACUACUACUACUGCUACUACUACUACUACUGCUACUACUACUGCUACUACUAUUACUGCUACUACUACUACUGCUACUACUACUACUGCUACUACUACUACUACUACUACUACUACUAAUACUGCUGCUACUACUUCAACGACCUCUUGAAGAAGAAGAAAAAGAAGAGGAUGAUGAUGGUGAUGUUGAUGAUGAUGUUGGUGAUGAUGAUGGUGGGUGACAGCAGUAUUAAUGGGUGGGUGAGGUUGGACCGAUUGAAUUAGUAAAUGAAUGAACGAACGAGUGAAUGAGUAGGUAAUUGAAUGAAUGAACGAUUGAUUACUAAAUAAUUUGAUUGAUUGAAAGAAGGAGCAAAUGAAUGAAUAAAUGAAUGGAUGAAUAACUUCAUUAACGAUUCGAUUUUAGUAUUUCAAUUCACAUGGCAUCAACAGAAAACUAUGAUUGUUGUUCUGGCGAUGGUGAAUAGGAUGAAUAUAACGGAUGCAUGCAUAUAUGAAUGAAUGAAUGAGUGUACGAAUGAAUGAAGAAAAAAAUGAAUGAAUAAAUGAAUGAAUUGUUUAAUGAAUGAAUGAGUGUAUGAAUGAAUGAAAAAAAAAUUGAAUGAAUAAAUGAAUGAAUUAAUGAGUUGUUUAAUGAAUGAAUGAUUGAUUGAAUAAAUGAAUAAGUGAAUGAAUGAAUGAAUAAAUAGAUGAUGAAUGUAUGAAUUGUUUAAUGAAUGACCGAAUGAAUUGUUUCAUGAAUGAAUGAACGAUUGAAUGAUUGAUUGAAUAAAUGAAUGAAUGAAUAAAUAGAUGAAGAAAGAAUGAUUUAUUUAAUGAAUGAACGAUUGAAUAAAUAAAUGAAUGAAUGUACGAACGAAACACCAUCAGCACUUUAAUUUUUAUCAUUUUUUUCACUUUCGCCACGUGAACAUUUAAAAUAUGAUGAAUUGAAAACUUGACUUUGAAAAAAAAAAUGACUGCACUUAUUAACACAAUAACAUUCAUUAUAAUAAUAAUAAUUAUUAUUAUAAAUUAUUAUUAUUAAAAGUUGAAAGAUU